GAGUAUAUAACGCCGUACGAGCCAGAAAACACACCAAUUUUGGAGAUUUUGGAUGGAUUUUUGAUAUAUUUCACAAUAAAUGGUGAAAUUCUGUAUGUGAGCGAAACAAUAAGCAUAUAUCUGGGACUUUCGCAGGUAGACGUCACGGGGAAUAGGAUCGAGCAUUACAUUCAUCCGGAUGAUGUACAGAGAUUCAGUCAGUUUCUCUCGAUGGUGUAUUAUGAAGCAGAGCAGAGCAGCACGAAUUUACGUAUCAAGUCAACACUGGCAAAACGAAUUACCAAGGAAUCAUUACGUUCUACAAUUGGCUUCAAGGCAAGUUGUAUCGAUGAACGUGAAUCUCGUGCGUCGCAACAAACAACAUCCUGGCGAACAAUGUUUCGCCGCAUUCGGUCAACCCUUACUUACUUCACUUCCUGCAACUAUUCAUCUUAA